UCUAUACAUCCCCAUCGGAAGGUACAAAUUGUUUCCACCAGAUCGCGUUUUGUUAAUCCGCUUCCCCAAUCUAUGUUUUGUGGUAGUGGAUAUGGUGGUACACUUGCUGGCUGCUGCUUGAGUGGUUGAUGCCUUGCUUGAUAGUCGAUACCAAUCCCAAUUCCCAUACUCUUUUUACUACAGCCAGAGUACGUUACGGUAAAGGGUGCUGAGUGAAAGUUGAAGUUCUGACUAUUUUACAGAUUGAGUUACCUUAAUAAUUAUUAUUAAUACAUUUAUGUAUUAGCCAUUGGCCAUUGCCCAUAAGUUGUCAAUUAAACAUAAUGCCAAAUUUGUGAAUGGAAAUUUGUUGACUCUGAUGUCCAUAGUCUUCUGUUCAACAUUAAUCGUCAGAAAUUUCAUUUCAGUUAUCACCAUACUCAACGACCUGUAUAAAACUGCUGUAAUUUUGCUGCCCACUAUUCAUUUCAAAUUAUCCUUUAUGUUAAAUUUGUGUUAUGGGUUUCUUCAAUUCAUUAAGGAACAUAAAAAAAUGGUUCACUGACAAGGCUGGAUUUUCUGGACAUAAAGGGCCAACAAAACGUAAACAUGAAGAAUGUGAACCUAUAAACAAUAAAAGAGUACGCAUGGAUGAUAGCCUGGUAGAAAUUGUUGAAAUCAGCGAUGAAUCACUAUCUGAAACCGAUGAGGUGGAAAUCACUGAACCUGGGCCAUCCACUGUACCACUCAGAGCUAGUCCACCUGUUAUGCUCAUUGAAGGUAGACAACAUGCAAGGAGAACUAUGUCACCAGUUAGGACAAUAGAUCUAAAUGAAAGUAAUGAUGAGGAUGUCAGUAUGAAAUUUAUUCGAUCAUAUAGUUUAUCGAAUCCACAACUUGCAAGUAACCGGAAUUCUAGUACCAAGGGCAUCCGAGGAGAAAGAUCUUCAAUUGGAGGAACAAAACAAUUAAGUUUGAGUAUGGAAGGUGGAUUUUCAGCAUUAAAAAUUAAUGACACAUCAAAUAACACUGACCCAAAUAAAUCAUUUGCAAUGGUUUUAAAACAUUAUGUGGCGCCAAAACCAGAAGCUAACAUUUUAUUAGAUUCUAGUUCUAGAUCGCCAAUGAGUAAUCACAAAGAAAAUAUUUUAAAUCAAUCUAAAUUAUCUCAAAUAUCUGGUAAAGAAAAUUUAGACAUUCCUGAAUUAAGUCUUCAUAAGAAUAGAAUCAUCAAGAAAGAGUUGUUUUAUGAACGUAUAUUAAGAAAGUUUAAGGAGAAACAAGAAGCUGCCAUUUUAACUUCUGCUACAACAACCCAACAAAAAUCACCCGACGAUAUUUUUCAAGAAAAAUUAGAAUUGAUGAAAAAAGAAUUAGACAAAAUUGAACCACAAAAGAAAAAUGAAGUUUUUCCUGGUUAUUCUAAAGAAAUAGCUGAAUCGAUUGCACAUCAAAUGUCUAAUUCGCUAAAUGAGUACAUUAUUCCAGGGAAAACUAUUAAAAUAAUGGAUUUAAAAACUAUUUAUGUACCUACUGCUUGGUUAAAUGAUGAAGUUAUAAAUCAUUAUUUGGGUUUGAUUUGUGCCCGUGAUCCAAUUAACAUUCACACAUUUGAUACAUUCUUUUAUACUAAAUUAUCAUCACAAGGAUAUCAAUCUGUUCGUCGGUGGUCAAGAAAAAAAGAUAUAUUUGCAUGUAAAAAAAUGAUCACUCCUAUUCACCUGGGUAACCAUUGGUGUCUUAUAUGUGUAAACUUUAUUGAAAAAACCGUAAAAUAUUACGAUAGUUUGGGCGGUAAAAAUCCUAAAUGUUUAAAUAUAAUAUUUGAUUAUCUAAAACAAGAGUACAAGAAUAAGAAGAAUGAAGAAUUUGACUGUAGUGGAUGGCAAAUAAUGGAAGCUGAGGAUUGUCCAAAACAAAAAAAUGGUUAUGAUUGCGGGGUAUUUACUUGUGUCAAUGCAGAGUACCUAUCUCGUGAUGCAAAACUGGAUUUUGUACAAGAUGAUAUGCCUAAAUUAAGGAAUAGGAUAUGUUAUGAGAUCUUAAACGAUCGUUUAUGCUAUUAAAAUUAAACUAAAUCAUUUGUUUCCUAUAAUAUUGAGUUAAUUUUAUUCUUUUAUUUCAAACUCUAUAGAGUAUUACAUAAUAUGUUAGUGAAUAUAAUUAAGAUUGACAAGAGGAA